AUGGCACACCCUGACCUCACAUCGCAUCAUGUCAACUACUUAAUAUGGCGGUACCUUCAAGAGUCAGGUCAUGCCGACGCCGCGGUGUCACUGCAGCGCGCUUGGUUUCCUGAUCCACAGAAUCUUCCCUUUGCGCCGUACAUCAGAACCCAUGCGCUGGUGUCGCUGGUUCAAAAGGGUCUCCAGUACCACGAACUGGAAUCAUCCAUUGACAAGGUACGAGGGCAAUGCCAUCGACAUUCCCCCGUCGCAAUAUUUUUCGGGCCCGAGCCAUUUGAAACGGGGUUCCUGAAAACGCACGAUGCGGCUGGCACAGACCAACCCAGCUCGCCAAGCAAAGUUGCGCGCGACCGCGUGACAAACGGUCACCCAGAGGCUCUCACUGUCAAAAGAUCUCGGAAAAGCGAGACCAAUGGCGAUGAGUCGAUGGAACUGGAUGAGGCCCGGAGCAAAGGCACCCCGGAGCCAUUGGAUGGUGACGGCGACGUGAGCAUGGGGGCCGAGGAGCCCGAACCCACUUUUACAUUGACGACCGGCAGUAGCGUCGGCGUUCAGAUCACCCCCGCCAAGGCAGCCGAUCUGGCGCCCGACACCGCCUGCCUAGAUAUCGGGGCCCACGUGACCCAGACGAUGUGGCGCCCGCGCGAUCCCACGGUGGUCGUGGCAGCUGGCGAUACCUUUUGCAGCUUGUGGAAGCUCUCAUUGUCCUCGACGCCCGUCCAAAAGAAGUUGGUGGAUUUGAAGGGCUCCAAUUCCUGCGUGUCGGCUGUCGCAUGGGAUACCGCCGGCGAGAAGUUGGCUGUGGCGACCUAUAGUGACUUAAGAGGCACAAUUACCAUGUACAAUGUCAACGGUGACGCCGUUGAUCUCUUGCCGGAGGUACCUCGAUUGAUCACCGGUCUGCAUUGGGCGGAAGAUAGCUCACAGCUGGUGGUCGUGGCUUCGGAUACCAGAAUCUCGGAACUGGCACUGUGGGACGAUACCCGACGACCCGAUGUUUUCCCUCCACCUCAGGUGAUUAAAAGCCCCAUUUACGACUUGGCCUGGUGUGGGCGCAAUCAGGUGUUUGCCUGCGGAGAUGGCUCCGUCUACCAGUGCGAGAUGGACAAUAGCAUCCGCUUGACGAAGACUUUCCCUUCGAAUGAGCCCGAUGCGGCCUGGCAGUUUAUUCGCUGCAUGCAUACCGACUCCUCUGCUGUCGCCGUGACGGCUUGCUCCGCGACUGCCACAAUCUGGAUUCCAACGCAUGACAUUCUUAUCGAAAACGCCCACAAGGGCGAUAUCACCGCGAUCGAGGUUCGUCCCCAGGCACAAGCCCAGCGCCGAAACUCCUCAAUUGUGGUUGCAUCAUUUUCGACAGAUGACGAUGUGAAGGUGUGGCACGUCGAUUUGGAGUCGAAACAUUUCGACUGCCUCCAUCGCCUACGCCUGGGACCGUCACUUCCCGCUCUCACGGGAGGUUUCUCCCCGGACGGAUAUGCUCUCGGUGCGGCCAGCAAAGACCGGGUGUUGAUCUGGAAUGUUGAGCGAGGUGGUCAUCCCAUGGCCACUUGGGCUGCCCCUGGCUCGGAAGAUGUGAAGGAGGAGCCUGACCGCGCGACAAAUGAACAGAAUGGUCAUGCGGCAUCGAUUGGUGAUAGUGCUCUUUCAUGGGAUGCCGACGGGAAAAGACUUGCCUAUGGCUUCGGGCACCAGGUGCGUAUCCUCUUCGGUCCACGUUCAUCACAAAACCAGGGCGUUGCUAACUCCUCCCAGAUGGCAAUUGUGAAUCUGCAAAGAUGA